AUGGCACUACUAUCUCCUGCCAUGAUGAGUUGGACUUGCCGUCUUCCUCCUCCUUCUGCCCGCUCUCAUCAUCUUCCUCCUCUUAAACGGUCUCAUUUUCCUGCAAAGCUUGGUUUCAAUUUGAUGCAUAACAACAACAACAACAUCAACAAUGAGCAUCUCAUGAUUAAACGGUCUCAUAUCCCCGCAAAGCUUGGUCCCGAUUUGAUGCAUAACAACAAUGAGCAUCUCAUGAUUAUGGUGGUCGCAGAUGAUGAAUGCUCUCUUCUCUCUAUGCAAAACAACUCCAUCACACUACUUCAAUCAUCAGCCAAUAAUAAUAAUAAUAAUAAUAAUAAUAAUACUCUUCCCAACUUCUCCCGACUCACCUAUGAAUAUGAAAGGCGUGAAGUUUUGGCGUGGUGCAACCCAUGGAUAUUGUUUGGGCCAUCACUAUCACUAGAUGAUGAUGAUGAUGAUGAUGUAGACACACUCCUUCUGUGGGAUCCUUCCACCGACGAAUGCAAAACCCUCAUCGACCCUGCAUCUGGGUUAUACUAUGAUGAUGACGUGGACGUCGAAACACGGUGCUCCAAUCACAUGCUUAUGGGUAUAGGAUUCGACUCUGCACUUGGGGACUAUAAGAUGGCAGCUUCUCUUCUCAGAGCUCUAAUAUUAUACUGUAUUAUUAUGUGUGCACUUACAAGGUCAGUUGAGCCUAAUAUUCAGCACAAAACUGAAUCAAAAGUGAUGUCUACAACUCAAGAUGUUGAUUAUAAUGAUGAUGAUUGA